AUCAAGCAUUUUAGUUUAAAAAUUACCCUCAACGUGAGCAGAGCCGCUGCGCGCUGUGUUAUUUUAGUUUUUGGUAGCAACUUGAAAAUUACGCGUUGCGUUGUAAAAACAGAACAGAAGCAAAUACGGGCGCGUAAAAUUUUAAAAGAGAUUUCGUUGUGGGAAGUUAAACAAAGUGGCAAACAAAAUAUAAAAAAAUACAAAAAAUUAAAAAAAACGUGCACAGCUUGUGGUUUGAAUUAUAACAAAGCAAAUUGUUUAUAAACAUUUGCCGGCAGCAGCAGUUAAACUAAGUGAGUUUUGCUCGCUCGCUCGCUCGCUCGUUUCGUGUGUUGAGCGGAACGCGUUUGAAUGUUAAUAAUAAUUGUAAUACUUGGAAUUUUUGUUAAUUGCGCGUGGCAAGAAACUUAAAUAAAUUAAUUGUUAACGCGCGUCUAACGGCCAAAAAGUACAAGCGUUCUAAAAUAUAUAAGCAUAUAUAUUUGAAAAGUAUACGAAUUUUUUAUUUGUUGUUGUGUUUUGUUUUUUUUUACAAGUGAGUGCUAAAUACAAAAAAAAAAAUUGAAAGUAAAGUUAAAAAAACUAAACAGAAGCUGAGAAGCGUGCAAAGCAACUAAAGCCAAAGCUCCUCUGCUUUAAUUAAAGUGUAUCUCAUGGAUCUGCUGCGUCUGCAAUGCAAAAUAAUUAUUAUAAGUUUGCCGUCAUCAGCGUUGCUGUCACCAGCUAACGCUCAAAGUUCAAAGUAAAAGCAACAACAACAACAACAACAACAUUAUAAACUUUAGCCUUGUGGCCAUUUGGCAACCCAUUGAAACGCCCAAAACUCGCUCUGCGCGUUUUUUUUCUUUUUUUUCAAUUUCUGAUUCACUUUUGCCCAACAACGGACAACGGGACAUCGAACGUUAACAGCUGCCCAACAUGUUGUACAUGCCGCACGGCUGUUAACUGCACUGUUAACUGGCGGCAAGAACAAGAGUCGUUGCUACAAAGGUUGUGCAGGAACGCGGCAACAUUAAUUAAUCACAGUCUUGUCCUGUGAAGACAAAAAACAACAAAAAGGAAAACAUACAAAGCAGCGUUAGGCCACAAGCGGCAACAAACAAAAACAUUGCCACAAGCGGCAGCAGCAACAGCAACAACAACAACACAGAGAUAGGACAGAAGCAGAGCAAAUAUAAACGGCGUACGAAUCAAAUUAAGAGCGCGUCAAAAAGGAUUAACGCGCUUUGGCUGCUGCUUUCGCUUUUCCUUUUUUUUUUUAUUUGCCCUGUGUGUGUGUGUGUUGCAGGUGUGUGGCAAGAGCUUAGCCCUAGCAGCAACUGCGAAGAGUAACACGUUGUGGUUAGCACGCUACUAACCAUAGUAAAUACCGUUAGACACAUAGACAGCAAUGAAGCCGCUUUUGCUUUUUGGCCAGCUGCUGUUGCUGCUCCUCCUCGUGUUGUUCGGCCAGAGCGAUGGGCAUCGCGACUGGAUGCAGAACUGUGGCAAUUGCCAUUGCCACUGGAACUCGGGCAAGAAGAGUGCCGACUGCAAGGAUAAGAAUUUAAAGAAAAUACCACAGGACAUGAGCAAUGAAAUGCAAGUCGUUGACUUCUCACAUAACGAGCUGCCCGAACUGCGACGCGAAGAAUUCCAAAUUGCCGGCCUGCAGAAUCUGCACAAGAUCUAUUUGCGCAACUGCACCAUACAGGAGGUGAACAAGGAGGCGUUCAAGGGUCUGCCCAUACUCAUUGAGCUGGACAUGUCGCGCAAUCGCAUACGCGAGCUGCAUCCCCGCACCUUUGAGGGUCUGGAGAAGCUGCGCAACGUCAUUAUCAACAACAAUGAGAUCGAAGUGCUGGAGAGUCGUCUGUUCCUCAAUUUGCCAUAUCUGUCGCGCGUGGAGUUCAAUGAUAAUCGUCUGAAGCAGGUGCAGCUAAAUGUAUUCGGUGGUCCCAUUAGCGCCAUUUCCUUGGAGCAGAAUCAGUUAACGCAUCUGCAUAAGGAGACCUUUGCCAAUCUGCCCAAACUGUCGUAUUUGUCGCUGCAGGGCAAUGCCUGGAACUGUAGCUGCGAGCUGAAGGAAUUCCGUGACUUUGCCAUCAGCAAGCGUCUCUAUACGCCGCCCACCGAUUGCCGCGAGCCGGCGCUGCUGCGCGGCAAAUUGUGGAGCGAGGUGCCUUCGGAGAAUUUCGCCUGCCAUCCACGCAUACUGGGCAAGGUGCGCAACUUUGUCGAGGCCACGCAUGAUAACAUAACGCUGCCCUGUCGCAUUGAGGGCACACCACGACCGAAUGUCACCUGGUUCUACAACAAGCGUGCGCUUAAUCCCGGCGUCAACGAUCCACACUUGCGCAUACUCAACUCGGUGGAGCAGCAGCAGACGCCGCAACAGCAGCAGGUGAUGACCUCGGAGCUGCGCAUCUUUGGCGUGCGACCCUCGGACAAGGGCUCCUACAUUUGCAUUGCCGACAAUCGCGGCGGUCGCGCCGAGGCCGAGUUCAAUCUGCUCAUCAAUGGCGACUAUGUUGGCGCUUCGGCUGCUUCUGAUGGCUUGGGCGGUCUUGGACUGGGCGGCGCCAUGGGCGCCUCCACCAGCGAUGCCCAGACGAGCAUCUUUUUGGUCAUUUGCAUUAUUAUCAUAACGCUGCUGUUGCUCUCGAUUUGUGUGGUGUUGGCGCUCUUCUGGUACUGCCGUCGCAUCAAGACCUAUCAGAAAGAUAAUACUAUGAUGAGUGGUGAUAAUUUGAUAUCCUGUAAACUUGAUAAGACGCACAACAGUUCAAUGCUGGAGGGCUCUGUAAUUAUGGAAAUGCAAAAGAGUCUGCUCAACGAGGUGAAUCCGGUGGAAAAGCCGCCCAGACGCACUGAUAUCGAAAGUGUGGAUGGUGGUGACGAUGGGCAUGAGAUUAAGAAGACGCUGCUGGACGAAACUGCUUAUGCCAAUCACUCGCGCGAUGACGAAACCCACUCGGUCGCAUUGUCGGAUACGACAACAACGCCACGCUCCCGUCACACCUACGUGGAUGGACCAGAUCUAUUGGCGUUCCCAGCACGCGUGCCGCCCACCUCGCCCUCGAUGCAGUCCUCCCAGUCGAACAUACCCGAUCAGGUCAUCUACGGCAUACGCUCACCGCCACUCACCAGCCCCGUCUAUGCCCACAUGACGCCGCAUGGCAUUUAUGGCACCACAACCAUCGCAGCUCCCACACACAACGGCUUCAUGACUCUGCAGCAUCCCAAGUCGCGUAAUCUGGCGCUUAUUGCCACCGCCAAUAGUCGCCAUCAGCAACACCAGCAGCAGCAGUUGGCCGCUGCCCUCCAGCAACAACAUCAGUCAUCGGCCUCGCCCUUUCUGCCCGCACCCGUUGUCUACUCGCCCGCCACGGCCGUUGUAAUGAAGCAGGGCUACAUGACCAUACCGCGUAAGCCGCGUGUGCCCAGCUGGGCGCCAAGCACUUCGGGCGCUGCCGCACACAUUGGCACACAGCUCAGCGAGUUUCAGUCGCCCACCUCACCGAAUCCCAGCGAAACAGGCACCGCCACCACUGUCGAGCUGCAGGCAGAGCCAGUGUAUGAUAAUCUUGGACUACGCACCACAGCCGGCGGCAAUUCCACAUUGAAUCUACACAAGAUACAGUCAGCCCAACAGUCUGCCCAGCAGCAGCAGCAGCAACAACAACAACAGUAUACAAUGCGCGAUCGACCGCUGCCGGCAACGCCCAGCUUGACAUCAGUUGCCUCAGCGGCCAAUGCCAGCAAAAUCUAUGAGCCCAUACACGAGUUGAUACAACAGCAGCAAGCAAUGCAGGCCCAGCAGCAGCAACUGGCGCAACAGCAGCAGCAGGCACAACAGCAGCAGCAGCAACUUCUCUAUAGUGCAGAUACAGAACCAAUAUACAAGGCCAGGCAUCAUGGCAUAACGAUAAUGCCUGGAGCAAGCAUAAGCGGCGCUGGACUAGGCUCACCUACUCCAUCUCAAGCUGGAGCUGCUGCUGCUAUGGGCGGCACAUCGUCGCCCACGCACGUGGCAAGCGGCGCGGAUUCGCCGAAAAUAACAAAAAUACCACCGCGACCACCACCGAAGCCCAAGAAGAAAAUGUCUGUAACGGCAACGCGCAGCGGACAAGGAAGCACAAGUCAGCUGUUCGACGAUGAAGGCGAAGAUGGCACCGAGGUCUAGAUGAAGAGCGUAGAGAAAGCAAAAGAGACAGAGAACAAAAGUAGCUGAGUAGAGUGCAGCGAAUAGAAAUUCAAACAACAGCAGAGGCCAUCAUUAACAUCAACAACAACAACCUAACACCAACAACUCCUAACUCUACCAAAACUCUUACUCCACCAUGCACUGUUUUCUCUCCCUCCCUCCCCUGCUACGCCCCCGCCCUCAUACUGCUCUGUUCGCGCGCGCAAUUUGCGUGACUUGUGUGCCAAACGACUGAUGUAGAAUUUAGUAAUUAAAAAAAAAAAACAAAAAA